UACAUCUCUUGCGUGAUCCCAAUGCAGUUUGUUGCCGUUGCCUGAAGCGGUCACUGCUCUCUGUUUUCCUUCUAGAAGUUAGAAAAACAAUACUUCAGAGCACUCUCCCUGUAUUUCUCGGCAUUUUACUUAACCUGCGGCGGUGCCUCAGGAAUUCGUGGAGAAACUUCCCUGGACUUAGAGAAAAGCAAGCCGAGAGGAGGCAAGGGGGGAGGAUUUUGCUGGAAACCUCUUUGGGAAGCUGGAGACUUUCUCGGGAUGCCUGCCUUAUUUUCCUCUAGCAGCUCUUCGGAUCUUCCCGGGCGAAGGCAGCUCCCUGCCACGACGCGUCUGCAUUGAGCAGGUCUGUGCGGCGGGCCAGGCGCUCCGAGGGGCGAAGAGAGCCGCGAUGCCCUAAGGAGCAGCCCGGCAGCGCUCCUGGCUCUGCCCGUGUCCGGAAGGUCGCCGCCCGGCUGGGGGAUGCGGCACCCUGCUCUCGCUAUGCCCCUUGCCGUCUAGCGCUCGAGUUGGCUGUCAGAGAAACCUUCGAGGUCCCCUGCUCAGCCCCGGUAGUGUCAUGAGUUAGAUUAGUUGGAGCUGUGCUGGGGGCGGUGAGGGCUUGGAUUACAGUCCAGAACUCAAAGUGCUUCGGUGGUUCACGUCGGAGGGGAGAGGAGACGCCCCGUCGCACACAUGGAGGAAAAAGAGAAAAAACGCUGAUUUGGAAGUGAGGGGGAAUAAAGGAGGCCGGGAACAUGGACUCGGAAUCACUGGACGGCUGCAUUCAGAGCACGUUAUCAGCACUCUACCCUCCGUUCGAGGCUACCGCAGCCACUGUUCUGUGCCAAGUUUUUGAUGUGGUGGAGAAGACGUACCGUGGGGAUGGACUACACUACCUCAUAGACUUCCUGAUUCCAGCCAAGCACAUCCUGCAGUGCAUUCAGCAGGAUGCCUGUGCUCCGUACUGCGGAUUGCUGUUUCGCCACGCGGGCUGGCCCCUGUGUAUUCAAGAGAAGAUUAUAAUCCAGCUGGCUUCCAUCGACGGGCAAAUCUUGAAGCCUGGUGACUUCUACCUGCAGGUGGUCCCCUCUCUGAAGAAGCCUCCACGAAUUGUUGUGAAAUGUUUGGGAAAAGAUAAGCAUAAUGUAGAAGAAGUGGUGAUUCCAGAAGUUUCAUAUACCUCUAUUUUUACUCUGGAAUGGUUGAGUACGUUCAAUGGAGAGCGGAUGGGCAUAGCACUGGAAAAUUGUUUACUAACCACUGAUGACAAAAUAUUUCGUGUCCCCUGGGAUAAAGUGGUUAAUCCUGAAUUUAUAAAUAAACCAAAAAUAAUUGAAAACAAUAUCAUCUCUCCAGAAAUAACAGAGGAACAUUCAAUUUUGUGCCUUCCCAAGGACCGUACUGAGUGCACUUCACCAGACCUGAAGUCUCAGUAUCUACAGGAGCUAAACCCAAAUCGAGACAACCCUGUCAUUAGCAGUACAGCUCCACAGUUCAAGGAAGCUCUGGUCAAUGGUGUCUCUACAAGUCCUAUGACUGAAGAGGACUUGACAAGUGACCUUGAAGGGGAGUACGUUGAGCUGGCAGAAGUUUCACUGCCCAGGUUUGGGCCACAAACAGGAUCUUUAACCCAGUCGCUGGCAUUAAGCUAUCUAACUCAGCCUAGGGCACGAGUGAAUGAAUCUAAAGGCAAGCACAGGUUUAUUGUCAUACAAGACAGCACCUACUCCAAGAACUUAAUUCAGUCAGCACUUAUGCAGAAGGAACACUGUCAAAUGGACACUCUGAGCACUUCUACAGAAGUUCUCAAGAAUGUUACUCCAUUGGAAGGCAACGAAGUGAUGGCACGUGGAGAACUGUCUCCAGAAGGUCAGCUGCUGCCAGUUGAUCCUGGAAGUAUGGGUGAUAACAUUCCUGUGGCUGAGCCUCCUGCUUGCUGUGCAGAAGAUUCAUCUGCAGAGCAGGAGACUCACAGUGAACACUCACUGGAUUGGCAAUACGCACUGUGCAGCUACAGUGAUGUGUGUGCUGGAGAUGCUGUCUGCUGCAAAGCACAAGUGCCUGGUGCCCCUGGAAACGUGGAGGGAGAAAGUGAUGGACCUAGUGGAAAUGCUGGUGUUGAAACAUUGGAGCAAGGCCCAGUAGUGAUUCUAGAUGCUACUGCUGCUAAAGAGGAAGUGAUGCUGGGAGUACACAUAGAACCACUGACUGAGGGUCAAAAGGAGGUGACACUGAUGGAUUCUUCUGUAUCUGUCCUAGGGCCUUUGGAACCAUGUUGCACACUAAAGGAAGAUUCUGAUGUCUCUUGCGAGGGUGUCAGUGGUAGUGUUGAGCCAGCGCAGGUCACUACAUUGCCUGAGAAUUCAGAUAUGGGUGGGGAGAGAGGCUCUCCUUCAGGGAACACAGCAGAUGUAAGUGCUUGCUGCAGCAAUAACGAAGCAAAUACCAGUUUUCCAUUAAAUCCUCCAGAAGAGAACCUAGGAGAUGUAGAUGAAUUUGAGGUGGGAAGAAGGGAUAGCCAAGAGGAAGUGAAAGAGUCUAAAGAAAUGUUGACUGUAAAUGAAAAUCUGACUAGUCACAGUCACUGUUCUGUGAAAGCUUCAGCAGAUGGAACUUUGUCAGAUGGUGAAGAGCAAGAGCAUAAAAAGGCUGAAGAAGCUGUACUACUCCAAACUGCCCUGUCAGCAGAGGGGAAUCAGAUGGCAGAACAAUUAAAUAACAAUGACUUGUUGGCUCCUGAUGCACAAGAAGACUCAAGUUUGUUCAAAACCCAGAGGUCUGGAGAGGAGUUUGAGGAACCACAAAGACUGGAAAACCAUGUCUGUGAAAGUGAAGAGAACUCUGUGCUGAACCUGGAGGGACAGGUGAAGAAUCAGGAAAGUUCUUCUUACAGGGAAAGGUUGAAGACUACAGCUUCAAAAACACUGGAGUCCAUUGAAGAGGAAUUGGAGGGUGGACCACUGUCCUCCGGACCUGCUGAGGAGCAUACAGAGCCUACCACUCUGCACUCCCAGCCAGAGGCAGCUUCUGGGGCAUCAGCUCCUAAAGGAAUGAUGUCAGAAGAGACAGAGAUGAGAAAAGAGGCAACUGGCACAGGUGUGUUGAAAGCAGUGAGUAAAAGCAGUGCCCUGGAGGAAACUUCACCACCUGUUACUCCCCCGACAUCCCCAACUUCUGGAACUGCCUGGGGUGGUCAGUUUGCACCUACCAUAGUCAAGGAUGUGAACCCAGAAGUGCUCAGGAGUGGAGUUGCCUACCUGCCUGGUACAAGAGACAAAUCAGGACGUGCAGUGGCCAUAAUAACGACAAGGAACACAGCCUGGUUAAACCCUCACUGCAAUACCACUGAGCUUGUGCGCCUUCUUCUGUACUUGCAUAGCAUCCCAAGACCAGAGUGUCAGGCUUUGGGUCUCACUGUUCUUGUGGAUGCUCGUCGCUGUUCACCCGUUCCUGCUCUCUUCAAGGCGUUCAGCACAUUGCAGGACAUGAAUCCUCACUGUAUUCAUGGAGUACUGCUUCUAGUUGAAAGAGACCUGACUUUUCGGAUGGAGAAGCCACCAGCAGGACAGUUUGAACUUCUCACCUCCAUGAAAUCCCUCCAUAAGCACAUAGACAGCUCACAGCUGCCUCUAGAACUGGAUGGGACCUUCCCAUACUGCCACCAGGACUGGCUGAACUUCCGCAGGAAGCUGGAAUACUUGCUACAAAGAUGCCAUAGUGUUUGUGCCUUCCUUCAGGGAGCUAUUAAUAAAGUGGAAUCUGCAAAAUUACCGGAAAAGGCUGAGGAUGCAGCUGUGCUGCUGAGGAAUUCAAGGCAGCUGAUGAAUAGUGUUCUUGGAGAUGCAAGUUUGGUCAAGGUACAGCAGGAAGGUGGAGCGCUCCUGGCCAGACUGGGGAAGGAGGAGUCUUGUGUCACCCUUACCCAAGACUACAGAGAUGCACUCGAUGCUGCCAGCGUGCUUUAUAAUCAAGUUGAUGAGGGCGUUCACCGACUGGUGAUGCUGUCAAACAAGCGCAUCCAGGAGCUGGAGCUGGUGAUGGAGUUUGAGAAAGUGGAAGAGUGUUUUAAGGAGGUCAGCAGUUGGAUUGAGAAUGUUGGCAGAAAACGGCUAAAGGAAACUAUCAACCUGGAUGAUUCUUUGGAGAUGCUGCUUCAAGCACAAAAGCAAUUCAAGGAGUUUGAUCUUGUUGCCAGUGAAUAUUGCAAAAGGGGACAGGAAGCAUUAAAGAAGAUGAAUCAAUGGGAAGACUUUUCCUUUGUGGAUGUGCAUUCUUACAGGGUAAAGCUGCAGUCCUACGAAGAUCAGCUGGAGGAGUUCUGCACCCAGCUGGAUGAAACAAGGCACCGAGUCUGUGAAACAGUCAGGCUGUAUGAAUUCUUUGACAAGGCAUAUGAGUGGGCCUUGGAAGGGAUGCGACACCUUGCCUGUAUCAGCAUGGAGGACUGCAGCUCCACCGAGCACUGUGCAGAUGUAAUCAAGUGCCUGGAGAGUUACAAGGGGCAGCACCCAGACAUCAGUGCUGCCCGAUUCCAGGAGAUGAAGGAGCUGGCUUGUGAGCUGAAGAGUGACAAGGGGCUCAAGCAGUGGAAAUUUGCAUGGUCUAAAUGCCAGGAGACUAAGCUGGUUUUUGAAAAGAAACUCGAAGCAGCCUUGAGAACAAGGAAGUCUCUGCUGUCAGACCGCAGCCCAGUUGUCGGGGAGCAGCCCCAGGCUGGCAGUGAGACUGGCCCUCUGUCCCACCGGAGGCACUCUGAGGGGGCCACCUCCAGGUCCAACUGGGACAGGACUCAGAGCACAUCCCAUGGCUACAGCAGAAGCAACAGCUCUCAGGAGUGGACUAAGGAGAAAGUUCCCUCGCCCUCCCUGAGCUGCCCUGGUGAUUUCAGUGCUGGGGAAGUGUUUGUCUGCCAAGCUGCUCUCAGCCCUGGUCCUCACUCAGGCAGAAUUCCUUUCACCAGCAGGGCUUGUAAGUCUCCAACACUGCCUGAAGAAAAGCCAAACCUGGAGAGCAUAUUAGAAACCCCAGAGUUGAAGCAGUCUUCUACAUCCACUCCAGUCCCUGGGAAGCUGCCUCCCAGGAGGGUCCUCCGGAAGGCCCAGAGCUUUGACCUUCCUUGUGGUGAGAGCCUGUGGUCGAGCUGCCAGAGGAGCGAGCCGGCCAGAUACGGCAACACUGGAGUCUUCAUUAAGGGGCUGGAGGUGAGCAGCACUGAGCUGGUGGACAGGACGUUCGCUCUGCGGCAACCAGCUGUGAGCAGCUGGGCUGCAGACUGCCUGCUGGAGGGACAGAGGGGCUGCCUCUCCAGGUCAGAAGCCAAGAGCUGGGGCAGCAAACUGCGGCACAUCAUCGAUGAGAUGGUGACCACGGAGCGGGAGUACGUGCGGUCACUUCGCUACAUCAUCGACAGCUACUUCCCUGAGAUGGAGCGCCUCGACCUGCCCCAGGACCUGCGGGGGAAGCGCAGCGUCAUCUUUGGGAACCUGGAGAAGCUCUAUGACUUCCACAGCCAAUACUUCCUUCGAGAGCUUGAGAGCUGCUGCAACCACCCACUGAGGGUCAGCCACUGCUUCCUGCGACACAAAGACCAGUUUGGAAUGUAUGCACUGUAUAGCAAGAACAAGCCGAAGUCAGACUCGCUGCUGGCCAGCCAUGGGAAUACCUUCUUUAAGUUCAAGCAGGUGCAGCUGGGGGAUAAGAUGGACCUGGCCUCCUAUCUGCUGAAACCCAUCCAGCGGAUGAGCAAAUAUGCCCUGCUCCUGAAGGACCUGAUCAAAGAGUGCAGCGAGGCACAAGAGCAGGAGCUGAGCCAUCUCCGUGCUGCUGAGGAGAUGGUGAAGUUUCAGCUCCGGCAUGGAAAUGACCUGCUGGCCAUGGAUGCCAUCCGUGACUGUGAUGUAAAUCUGAAGGAGCAGGGGCAGCUGGUGCGGCAGGACGAGUUCACCAUCUGGCUGGGCCGCAGGAAGUGCCAGCGACACGUCUUCCUCUUUGAGGACCUCAUCCUCUUCAGCAAGCCCAAGAGGAUCGAGGGUGGCUUUGAUGUGUAUAUCUACAAGCGCUCCUUCAAGACUGCAGACAUUGGUCUGACAGAGAACUCCGGAGACAGCGGCCUGCGCUUUGAGAUCUGGUUCCGAAGGCGGAAGUCCAGUGACACUUACAUCCUCCAGGCCAGCUCAGCUGAGACUAAGCAGGCCUGGACCGGUGACAUUGCCAAGAUCCUGUGGCAGCAGGCAGCCCGCAAUAAAGGUGUGAUUCCUUCCUGGAAUUCCUUCUGUGCCGCAAAAGAAAUCCGUAUGCAGGAGAUGGUUUCCAUGGGUGUGGGUAACAAGCCGUUCCUGGAUAUCAAACCCAGUGAGGCAGCUAUUAAUGACCGUGCUAUUGAUUACAUCAUGAAAGGCAGAGGUGCCAGGACCAGAGCCUCAAUUGCAGUGUCUCUGUUUGACCAUUCCAAUCCCUUCAAGAGGACACAGACUCAGCUCUCCACCAACAGCACCCCCACUGCCUACACCCCUUCCUCCUCCUCCUCCCUGCUGGGCCCCCUCAACCUCCACAUGUACCUGGACCAGGCUCUGCUGCCAGGAGUCCUGGCCCCCAGACGCCCCUUUGACAUCAGCACUUGCAUCGAGGAAGAUGAGCUGGAGCACGAGACGAGCAGCCAGCCCUCAAUGACAACAGAGAGUUCAGAGUCCUCGCACUGCAUGUCAGCCACUGGCUCCAGUGGCUCCGACAGUGGCUGUGUCUCCAGCGUCCCACAGGAAAGCUUCUGUGAAGACAUGGGCUCGCCUCCCUACAUGCCUGUAGGCCCACAGCACAUCUCUGCCAUGGAGGGCAGGCCCAGGUUCACAAACAGCCAGUACAUUUCUGCAGUUUGAUUGCCAUUUCAAACUCACUGAAGACCCCAGGCCUCUGACCAGCAGAAGGAGACAGUCUUCAUCCAUGAAGAUAUGUUUUGUCCAUUAUCAGGCUCUUUCAAACAGCCCAAAACCUGGCCUCUGCCUGAGGCGAAGUCCCAGGAAGGCUUCUGUCAACUAAAUGUAAUAGCUUUGGUGUUGGAUGGGACCUUGGGCGUUUAAAACUCGUUAGCCCUAUAUUUAUAAGUAAUAAGUAACAUAGCAGUUUGGAAAAAAAAAAAAAAAGUAUUAUUUUUAAAGAUAUGAGUUGUACAGAUUUUUAUUACAAGUGAUUCUGUUAUUAUUUGUUGUGUAAGCUGCACAUUUUAUAAAGUUUUUGGAAGGGCAUGAAGAGAAAUUGAGGUAUUUAAAAAAAGUAGUAUAACUUUCUGUUUCAGGGUUAUAUUGACCUGAAGCUCAAGAUUUAAUGUCCUUCCUUAUGUUCUAAAUAUGUCUAUUAUAGCAAUAAUUUAUUUCCUUGGCUUAACACUUUCAUUCUAAUAAAAGCAAUUUCAUUGUUAUGAAUUGUUUCUUCAGAUGGUUCUUCCAGUGCCUUGGUGCUGAGCUAAUCUCUCUCAUAGCCAUCUGUCAGCCUCUGCCACUCUGCCUGUGCCACCUCUGCUCUAAGUGACUGCCAGCUCCACCUGUAAAUCCUCAGUGCAUUCCCCAGAGAAGGGGGAGAUGCCCAGGCAGAGACUCCCCUGAUGCCAGACAAGUGAGGGACUUUGGAGCAGCCAGCAGAGGUGUCAGCAGGAGUGAGGAAGAGGGAGCUCUCUGGUGGAGCUCAGGAGGCACCAGCAUUCCUGGCUCUGAUUUUAGCCUCUUGCCCCCUGUAGCUGCUGUCCCAGUGCAAGUCUCUUUCUCACCCUGCUGGCUUAGGUUCCUGUGGCUUAGUUCAGGCUCCAUUGGCUUUGUCCUGGCUGUGCCCCUGGUUUUGGAGUGACAGGGACUGGCUCCUUGCUUCACCUCUGACUCAGCCCCUCUUCUGGUACUUCAGUCCCACUGUCAUGGCUUGUUUGAGGAGCUUUGGAUGGUGCUGGCAUUCGAGACCAACAGGUUUUGAGUGUAAUGGGUUGAUUAUAAAGCUGAACCUUAAGUGCAUGUUGUUUGAAGUUUCACAGUGUAACUGGAGGAUAAAUGAGCCCUGUGUUCUAAGGUGGCUUUUUCAUGAGUAAUAUCCAAGGUCACGCUGUGGCUGUGACACCCUCCCUCUGUUUUUGAAAAUUAGCAUUUUUGAAACAGUAGUUACUUGGCUGCCAAGUUCCUGUUUAAUUGUGGUUUAUGCAGGGCUGUAAAUCAGGCUCCUGCAGGUGUGAGAGAAGUGCCACAUUUGGCCUGAGGAAGAAGAUGGAGUAGUAAUUUAUUUAACUGCAGUUUUCUCCCCUUGGCAGACUGGGGUGCUACACCCCACAGCCACCCUGGAGGCAGUGUUCCUUCAAGUUUGGAAAUUCCUGUACUGUAUAUAAAACACUUGUUUAUUUUUAAUAAGCUGGAUGUUUUUAAACCUUGUUCUUUUUUCAGACAGCAAAGAAAAUACAGUCUGACAUCUUUGUACAAAGUUGUGUGGGAAGCAGUUAUACAGGGAAUAUUUUACAAGUUACUAUUUUGAGAUAAUUGCUGGGUUAAUGCAAGGGUUUGGGGCUGUCAAGACAGCAGUAGCUCAAGUCACAAGAGGGAGAGAACUUACUAAUGCAACAAAAGGAACAUGAAACUUCUGGAAUUUCUCAGUUUCAAAGGUUUCUAAAUUGCUGGAAAAAACUUUAGUAUUGUUUACCUGACACUCGUUUUUUCAGGGUUUGAUUGAUUUGUCUAAUAAAGGUUAUUUUCUUUAUAUGAA